ACACAUUGCACUUCCGGUAAAUAUAGAUGGCGCACCAACGUUGACAAAUAUAGAAACUUUUAACACGUUACAAGGAGUUUCCCAAAGCAUGUAACCUCGGGAAAAUACGAAUUUAUGUAUCAUAAACGAUGGGAUCGCAUUCAGUUAGUAGACUUACAAGAUAGAGAAUUCCGUCCCCGGUCAGACGAACUGAAAGCCGGAUAAGAAAGAUGGCAGUCGGGGGUUCGAACUCAGGCUCGGGGUCUAGGAACUCCAUCAAGAUUUUUGCCAACAUUUUCAUUUCGUUCAUCGGUGCAGGUGUGCUGGGACUUCCAUUUGCCUUCAAGGAGGCUGGGAUACUUGAGGGAAUAGUUGUCAUGACACUGGUUGGAAUCACAAGCGUGAAGGCCAUGUUACUUAUUGUGGACUGUAAAUAUCAGCUCAUCAGAAACAACCGAGUCGAAACCAAAAUAUACAUGAAGGACAAUACAGAAGCAAGGGAGGAUGGCCUUAAAGUAAAGGUCAAGGACACAGAAGAGGUCAUGACUUUAUUAGCAGAGGAUGAACCAGAAGCUGAAAAGGGGCAUAAGAGUUCACGUCUGCCUGUUGACUUUUCGUAUGGUGACAUAGGUCAGCAUGCCCUUGGACACAUUGGUAGAGUGUUUGUGGAUGUGGCCAUCCUCAUCUCACAGGCUGGAUUUUGUUGUGCAUAUCUGAUAUUCAUAUCAGAAAACUUGUCAAGUUACAUUCCCAAGCUAAAAUUAAUCCACUGGCUGAUCUUACUUUUACCACCCCUGUGUUUAUUAACAUUACUCCGUCAACUAAAAAGCUUGGCCCUUACAAGUUUACUAGCCCAGUGUUCUAAUCUGUUGGCCUUUGGGGUGGUGUUUUGGUUUGAUUUUGAACAUUUCCACCACAUUGAAAUUCAUCCAAAGAACAUGUCGAUAAAGGGUCUGCCGUUUUUUCUAGCCAUAUCUAUCUAUUGUUACGAGGGUGCUGGGAUGAUAUUGUCUCUGGAGGGGUCACUAGCAGCUGAUAUCCGAUACAAGUUCAAAAGAUAUUUUGUAUGUACCAUGGUCAUCGUUACCAGUUUGUAUAUCUCGUUUGGAUCAGCGGGAUAUUUAUCAUUUGGUCCAGAAACAAAUCCAAUAAUUACACUAAAUUUGCCAAAAGGUGAAUCUCAGGUGGAUUUUGCCAUGGUUGUUAAGACUUUCCUCUGUCUUGCUUUAUUUUUUACCUAUCCAGUUAUGAUGUUCCCGGUGAUGAAGCUUCUGGAAAAUUAUUUCAUCACUGAUGCUCACAAGAAAAUCUUAAAAGGGAACAUCCUGCGAGUGUUUACUGUGUUCAUGACUGGCUGCAUUGUGUUAGUCAUCCCAAACUUUGCCAAUCUAAUGGCCCUAGUUGGAGCGACCUGUUGUACCAUGUUAGCCUUCACUUUACCCGGAUUGUUCCACAUGUGUAUAUUUAAAGGAAACCUUACAAUAUACCAGGUCAUUAUAGACUGGACAUUGAUAUUCUUGGGAGUUGUGGGUGCUGUGAUUGGAACAAUUGAUGCCUUACAAAGACUUCACGCUUCACAGGAUACCGGAAAUGAAGCACAUGACAUGAUGUUAUCCAUUCAGAACAUCACUACCACUCUGUCUUCUGCCAUCAACUCUUCUGUUGCCCUUACUGCACCAAAAUGACCUUCAGGUUAAGGUCAUUAGUUCUAUGUAUGCUGUGCAUAUGGUAUUUUGCAUACUAUUUUGUUCGUAUUUUGAUGUCGCUUAUUGCGGUGUUUUAGGUACAGCUUAAUUAGUUCCCACUCGUUGAUGACACAGAAAUAUCAAGAGAGUAAUUAAGUGAAGAUUUUGUCUUCCCAACAUUUUGAUUACUCAAACAUCGAACCUUAUAAAACUGAGUAGCAGAAAUGUGGGAGUGAAUGAAAAAGUCUGAAUUUAUUUACCAGGGUAGAUUGAAUUUGUUUUUGUUCAUUUAGUCGUUACAUGAAUGUCAGUAUUAGAGAAAACACUUGUAAAUGCAGGGGCUGGACAAGUGUUAUAAUUUACCUUAUGCAGAAUCCGGAUGAGUUAUGAUUAACCUUAUACAGGAGCCGGACGAGUUAUGAUUAACCUUAUACAGGAGCCGGACGAGUUAUGAUUAACCUUAUAUGGGAUCCGGAUGAGUUAUGAUUAACCUUAUACAGGAGCCGGACGAGUUAUGAUUAAUCUUAUAUGGAAUCCGGAUGAGUUAUGAUUAACCUUAUACAGGAGCCGGACGAGUUAUGAUUAACCUUAUACAGAGGGCCAGAUGUGUGUCAUGAUUGACUUUAUAGAGGGGCCAAACAUGUGAUGAGAAACCUAUUGUUGCAUUUGUUGAGUACUUGGCAAUAUAUUGUAGGUAUGUGUUCGACUCCUGUGCUUGUAUCUACCUUCACAGAAAUAAAGGGGUUUUCUGAUAUGCGUAUACAGUGUAGUUGACCAUUUUACAAAGGAACUUAAAACUAGAAAUUUGUUUCUUACAUAUUUUUGACUAAGAGACUGAAUAAGAAAUAUACCAUGUGCGAUUUUUAGAUUUAAUUAUUUUAUGUGAAAAGAACAACAAAUAUUUAAAUGAACAGAAUAAAUCAAUGCCGUGUAGUGCAGUCACCGGUCUUAGUUGUAACUUCUUUUGGAAAAUGGGACAGUUGUUAUGACAAUCUGAUAUUGAACCACUUAAUUUUUAUGCUACAGGGAUAUUGUUGGAGGGGUAGCAGGCUAUCCCUGUGUUGAAAUUGUGUCAUGUAGAUUUAUUCAUUGUUUGCUGAUAUUAUUAAUUAAGAUGUUAAUUGCAGUACAACAUGGUUAUAACGAAGCACUGGGAGCAGGUGGUUUGUCUUCGCUGUAAGCAUAAUUCAUUAUAUCCAUCUGGAUAUUAAAUUUUUUUUGCCGUGAAAUUCAAUUCAUUGUUGGAUGAAUUCAUUAUAAGUGUAUUCGCUAUCACCAUGUUUGACUGUCUAUGUAAUUUGAAUUAUACAGAUGGUUAAAGGAAAUGCGCGAUGUUUCUUGAUAAUAUAUAAUUUUUUAUGAUACUUCAGGUGUGAUUCACUUGCAUAUUAUACUCAUAUUGUUUCAACAACAACAACAACAACAUGGAAAGUAUACUACCAGGUCUGUUUUAGAGUUAACAUAUUUUGAUAGUUCCUGGUUGUGGCAAUGUAUAAAUUAAGUAUUAAGAAGGUUAUAUAUGGACAUUACUAAGCAAAGAAGGGGAGAAAAAUCUUGGAUCAAUUGGAGAUGAAACCUGGGGCCCUUGUAUUACUAGUAAGUUGAUCUAACCAGGCUGAUAUACGAAGUAAUAGAUUUAAACUUAAUAAGGAAAUUAUAAAAGAACUCUUCAUAUUAAGGAGAUGAAGAAAUGGUUUUUAAAAAAAAAAAGAGAUGGCAGAAACGUCAUGUAUGACUUUAAGACGAGAAGUUGAUCUUUUUUGUAAUUUAUGUUUAUCGAUGAUUUUUGUAAAUGGUUGGGAUGUGUCUGAAGGUAUUUUUGUAUGAAGGGACCAUGAGAUCUGUUUGUUAAACAACAUUAGAAUAUUUUUUUAAUUGACAUUUUUCUUUGUUUGAAGUUAAAAUGGAAGUAUUGGUAUGUUCAUGUAUCGUAGAUUCAGUUUUGUUCACACUAUGACCCCCCCAGGGUCUGAGCGGGUCCACAAGAGGGGUUCAAUUAUUGACAUAGGAUUAUAUAAGAAAAACACUAGGCUACUACAUAAAGAAGCAUCCUCAUUUAGUGUAGAUUCAAGUCUGUCCACAUCAUGACCACUGGGGUCAAAGCGGGGCCACACUAUGGUUUAAGUUUUAUGUAGAAGUCCUUGAAAAUCUUCUUCUCUAGAACUACCAUGUCAUAUUGAUAUGAAAUCAGAUUCUACUGUAAUAUAAUUCUAAUUAUAAUAAUACAUAUUGUAAUACUUCAUUUAUAGAAGGUUCUGUGAUAAGUGUAAGGCACUAGUGUUCCUCAGAACCUUCUUUAUAACAUACAUACAGGUGUUAUAAGCAUAUAGUAUACAUACAGGUGUUAUAAGUAUAUAGUAUACAUACAGGUGUUAUAAGUAUAUAGUAUACAUACAGGUGUUAAAAGUACACUUUAUAAAAUACAUCAUACUCAGUAUAAACGCUAUACAACAGAUAACCUCACAGGGUUUGUGAAUGUGAGAUAAAACGAGAUACUUAAUCAUAAAACCUUGACAUUGUGAUGAUGUGCAACAGAAUGAGUAGGGCAUCAAACUGUUGCCAUGAUGGGACCACAGGAGGGGUGAAAACAUUUAAAUCUGUAGGAAAAUUUUUCAGAAAUAUUAUCAGGAACCUCGAGGUUGAUUCAGUAUGAUAUAUUUACAUUUCUAAUGUUUAAACCUUUUGAUAUUUUUACUGAUUGAAAUGAUAGCCAUUUCCACAUGAAUGUGAACAAUGCGCGUAUGAAUCUUGAUAAAUAUAGUACGAUUAAUUUAACGUAAGGGAAUUUCGACAGAAGUGAAAGUAAAUUUGAAUAUAAAAAAUAAUUUUCAUCUUUGAAAAUACUUGAGGGUAUGAACAGCAAAGCUUCACACCAGCGUACUUUUAUGAAAUAUCAGAGUUUAAUUAAGGCAAGCUCGAUGUUACAGGGUUUUCAACAGUCUUGUUUGAACUCGGCAUUUUGUAAAUUCUGUGGUCGUUAUAAUGACCUAGUUUUCCCAUACAACCUGUCGUUGGGGUUAAUAUUGUCUGACUUAUUUCCUACCAAUUGUUAGGCCGUUCUGUACACACUGAUUGUGACUAUAGAUUACUCAGUUUACCUGACCAACAUAGAGGGCUUAUGGUGGGUGUGAACGGUCGACAGGGGAUGCUUACUCCUCCUAGGCACCUAAUCCCACCUCUGGUGUGUCCAGGGGUCUAUCCUACUCUAUUCUUUAUGGAAUUUAUGAAAUUGAUCACCGUUUGUUAUCUUCACUUUUCAUGAAGUAUGCUGGCGGAAAGCGUCACAGUUUAUGUAACUGAUCUGACUUUCGCUUAUGUGUAUCACAGCAAUGAUAAAUACAAUGUACCAGGUAUAUAUGUAUUAUACGAGAAGAUGGCUGGGGGAAUUUUUCACAUAUGUUAUAAAACAAAUAUAGUAUAACCUAAAAAAAGAUUUACCAUUUUCUUUAGUUGCCGAAAAAAAGGCAUCACUGAUCUUUUAGUAUAUUUGUUUUGAAUUGAAUGAAAGUAUAAAACAUGUUGACGUGAAAUACUGUAUUUUAUAAAUAUUGACGUGAAAUACUGUAGUUUAUAAAUAUUGACGUGAAAUACUGUAGUUUAUAAAUAAAUUUCUGACAUUUGAGUAGGAGAGUUUUAUCUGUUUGUAUAUUUGAUUGUAAUUGGAAUAUGAGUACUUAAUGAAUUAUGUUAUCUGUUAUUAGAUAUAUAUAUAUACUUGUAUUUAUGGGAGAUGUUUCACUGGUGUUGUUGGUGAUUAAUCAAUGACACACUGCUUAAAAUGCAUUAAUCACAUAUCACCAACAGCUGUUCUACAUGAACAUUAUCUGCCAAUACUUUAUGGGGAGCAGUGGGGACCAAAAACCCUUAGCUUGUGAAGAUGACCGGAAUGCCCCUUAAUACUCCUAAUUAUUUUUAGAUUGUCAACCAGACAUUUUGAUUUUCUAUGCAUAGUCCAUGUUGACUCAGUCAUGGGGUAGAACUUGUUGACUAGUCAUGUAAUUUAUACGCGGUAUUUAUCAUUUGCCACUCUAAUAUUAAAUGUUUAUAUAGUUUUAUCUAUUUUUAAUAUGUAUAUUUUUGACAUAGCCUUUCUGUAAGAAUAUACUACCAUGACUCUGUCACAAUUCCAUCAACUAGUAUAUUAAGGAGGAAACAACAUGUUGUCAUAAUGGCGGACUUCAUAUUUUAAUACUUGAAUGAAAAUAUAAAUAUCAGCAAUACAAUGUAUAUUCCUUUUAAAUCUAAUCACCUAGCUGGGUAGCUCAGUAAACAUUUAUUUUUUAUUUAGGUUUGUGUGUCCACUGCUUAUCUGUAGUUUGUGCAUUAAAGUCCAGCAGAGGUUUUAAUUUUUUUUUCCCAGAUUACUGUCUACUAAAACAUUUUUUAACUAAUGAAUUAAAUUUGAAAUGUUUAAAUAUUGUACACAUCCCCCACUUUCCAUCCAUAUGGGGUGUGUUGUUUCUCCUAUCUGUGCCAUUGCAAUUCAAUUGUGAACUCUUCUGUUUGAAGGUAAAAUUGAUUUGUCAUUCAAGAGGUCUAAUUAUGAGGUAAAACGUCCUGUGAUAUGGAUGAGUAAUUUUUGUUAGUUUUUAUUAAUAUAUUUAUUUUGGUUUUGUGUCUCUGUAGUGCAUAGAUGUUAAUUACAUAGGAUACUGGGUGCAGCUGAAAUUUAGUUGUGUGGAUUUUUUAUUAUGAUGAUGAAUUUGUAUAGUUUUCGAGGGGUUCAAUUGUAUGUAGAAAAUUCUUCAUCUGAUGGGAGAAAAAUAAAAUAUCACAUUCAAAGAUGGACUAUGAUUUAGUUCCUCAACACAUUAGACAUUUGAAAUGUCUACAUUUUUGUAGAGUCAACAUUACAUAUAUAUUCAAUAUAUAUAUUUUUUCCGAAUGCAAGAAAUUUGAUUUAUAGAGGGGUUUUAUGAAAUGCUUGUUAUGCAAUUAAAACAAAAUUAAAAAUAAA